UUGGUCUGGGGUAAAAGGUCUUCACAGCUGCUCAGCUCUUCUGGCUGUAGUCCUGAAAUCCUGUUAGUGGAGGGUGACAAGUCUACCUCUACAGCCAUGGCUUUCCCUGUGGGGUUUGGAUGGGGAGCAGCCACUGCCGCUUAUCAAGUAGAAGGAGGCUGGGAUGCAGAUGGAAGAGGCCCUUGUGUCUGGGACACAUUCACCCAUCAGGGAGGCGAGCGAGUGUUUGAGAACCAGACCGGCGAUGUAGCUUGUGGCAGCUACACUCUGUGGGAAGAAGAUUUGAAAUGUAUCAAACAGCUUGGAUUGACUCAUUACCGCUUCUCUCUUUCCUGGUCACGUCUGUUACCUGAUGGGACGACAGGUUUCGUCAACCAGAAAGGAAUCGACUAUUACAACAAGAUCAUAGACGAUUUGUUAGGGAAUGGAGUGACACCGAUAGUGACCAUAUAUCAUUUCGAUUUGCCUCAGGCUUUAGAAGACCUAGGAGGUUGGUUGUCAGAAGCAAUUGUUGAAACCUUUGACAAAUAUGCUCAGUUUUGCUUCAGGACCUUUGGAGACCGUGUGAAACGGUGGCUCACCAUAAACGAGCCAAAUAUUCUUGCUCUUUUGGCCUAUGACCUGGGAAUCUUUGCUCCUGGCAUGCCUCACUUUGGGGUUGGGGGAUAUCAAGCAGCUCAUAAUUUGAUUAAGGCUCAUGCCAGAUCUUGGCACAGCUAUGAUUCUUUAUUCCGAAAAGAACAGAAGGGUUUAGUGUCCCUAUCAUUAUUUUGUUGCUGGUUAGAACCAGCAGAUCCCAACUCAGAGCUUGACCAGGAAGCUACAAAGAGGGCCAUCAAUUUCCAGUUUGAUUUCUUUGCUAAACCUAUAUUUAUUGAUGGUGAUUAUCCUGAAGUUGUCAAGUCCCAGGUUGCCUCCAUGAGUAAAAAGCAAGGCUAUUCAUCAUCAAGGCUUCCAGAAUUCACAGAAGAAGAGAAGAAAAUGAUCAAAGGCACUGCUGAUUUCUUUGCUGUUCAAUAUUAUACAACUCGCUUAGUCAGGCACCAGGAGAAUAAGAAGAGAGAACUCAGCUUCCUUCAGGAUGUGGAGAUUGAAUUUUUUCCCAAUCCAUCUUGGAAAAAUGUAGAUUGGAUCUACGUGGUGCCAUGGGGAAUACGAAAACUACUGACGUACAUUAAGGAUACAUAUAAUAACCCUGUAAUUUACAUCACCGAGAAUGGGUUUCCCCAGGAUGACCCCCCAUCUCUUGAUGACACUCAACGUUGGGAGUAUUUCAGACAGACAUUUCAGGAACUAUUUAAAGGGAAGACCUUCACAGGAGUCACUGGCUCUUUAGAGCUGUCCACGUUGAUGAAGUCAACCUUCAGGUAUACUGUGCAUGGUCACUGCUGGAUAACUUUGAGUGGAACAACGGCUACAGCAAAAGGUUUGGCCUCUUCCACGUUGAUUUUGAAGAUCCUGCCAGGCCCAGAGCCCCCUACAGGUCAGCCAAGGAAUAUGCUAAGGUCAUCAGGAACAAUGGCCUGGAAGGCCCCCUGGAGGGAAGGUGAUCCGGAAAUGCCCCCUCUAUGCUGGAAGAGUGAUGGAGAGCUGUUUGAUCAUGUCUCAGACAACCUCAAGUUGCCUCUGUUCUCAGUGAUCUGUGAUAAUAAAUCCUGAAACCUGACAAUGUAUCUGAUGAGAGCCUCUGUGUGUUAAUUGCAUUUUAUCAGAAAGUCUCUCAGUGAAUAGAGAAUUACAGAAACUGAUUUUCAUUAAAAAUUUUUAGAUCGAUUUAAAAACUUUAAUCUAAAUUCUUAGAACAAUUUCCUGUAAAAAUAAUGGUGAGUUUAUGAAGAUAAUGAACUGUUGACGUGAAACUCUAACAGCAGAAUCCUUAGAGGGUCAGAUUACUCUCACAAGGGUAAAUUUUAUACAUCUGCUUUCUUUAGGUACAUAGCUAUUUCUGCUUAGAUGAGCUCUGUUAAAGUUUGAUCUAACACUAUGUAAUCUCAAAUGAAAUCGCAAAGGUAAAAGCUUUUUGUAUGCUUUCUGCCCAACAGAGGAGGAAUUGAUCACAUAUCUAAUUGAAUGUAUUAGUUAAUAUGAUUACAAUAGGUUUUGUCAAUAAUUAAUUAAAUGUAUAUCUUUCUUUUAUCUGAUGAAUUUUGGAAAAUAAUAAAAAAUAAAAUGAAUCAAGCUUUGAAUGGAGGAAAUA